UCCCUAUCCUUUCCAGUCAUUGCUCCUUUACCCAACUUUGGUGGACUCUGCUAUUUUCCAAUCAUCCCAGAAUCCUCAAAACCUAGGGUUAGGGUUUUCGAUUUCAGUACCCAAAUCGCCAUUCAAAUUAGGACUAAUCUUUUUCCCCAAUUGAAAAAUGCAAGCUCUCGAAGAAGCUCCCUCGCAAUCCGGACUCCCAAUUCCACUCACCCAGGCCCCAAAUUCAACCAUAGACGACGGCGUUUCGGGCUCCGAAUUCUACAGCUGGCUCGGCGAAUGUCAUGGGUUCUUCCACAAUGUGGCUCUGAUCGUGCCCUCGCUUCUUUUCGUCCUGUAUUUGGCGUUUCAAUCGAGAAAAAGCUUCUCCAAGCUCUCCCAUGGCCGCUCUUAUAUCAUGAUUGCCUACUACGGGUGCCUCUGGCUUGUGAGCUUGCUCAAUCUUGCUUGGUGCUGUUUUCAGGCAUGGGAGUGCAGUCCUGGAAAAGAAGUAACAUGGAAUGUAUUAUCUUUGUUCACAACCUCUGGGAUGCUAUUUUUGGAAGUAAGCUUGCUGGCAUUUUUGCUUCAAGGGAAUUAUGCAAGUGGACUGGAAGCUUUGACACGGACUUUUGUUAUCUCAGGGAUCCUUGUUGUUUUGGAUGUACUUCUCAAGGCAAUAUAUCUAUUUGGACUUGGCAUUCCAUUGUUCAUCGACAAUAAUGACCGUGCGCAUCGAACAAAGUGGGCCUUGUGGGUUGUCCACAGGCUAGUGAUUACUGCAAUUUAUGGCUUCAUAUUGUUCAUGUACCAUUCCAGGUGGAGAGAGAGGUUACCGGCAAGACCUGCAUUCUACAAGUAUACCGCUAUCAUGUUUAUGUUAAACGUACUAGUACUGUUUGCUUGCUUGCUUACUGGAAAUGGGGCUGGAUUUGGAUUCUGGCUAUAUAGUGCUACUAUUGUCUGUUAUCACGCCUUUUAUCUUCCGCUUUUGUACGUAACAUUUCUGGCAGACUUCUUCCAGGAAGAAGAUUUACAGUUGGAGAAUGUGUACUAUUCAGAAAUGAAAGAUGCCGGUUUCUUUGACGCGGAUUGGGAGUGAUGCACUAAGCUCUAUAUCGAAGAUGGUUUUGGUUGUCCGGGAACUCUAGAACUUAAUCGCUAGAUGAUCCGGUUAUUACAUGAUGUACAUAGAAGUCGAUAUCUUACUGGAUUAGCAAAAUAUGUCAAUGGAUUUUGUCGUUUUUAAGUGUUUGUAUGAUGUGAUAUUGUAUGUUGUGUUGCUUUUGGCAGUCACAGAAUAAUGGAAGAUGUAUUUCAGAGA